AUGAGUGGACCUGGCCUGGGGCCACGGACUACUUUGUCAGACUCUACAGGUUCCUCUAAUGACGCUGUCGAUGCGCUCUCGCGGUACUUGCCCAAGCCUGGUCCCAGAUCUGUGCCCGCUGACGAUGUACCAGGCGCUGAUAUUGGAAAUGGCUUGGCCAUUCGACGCGCCCAAGAAUGGUACCCGACUCAAUCCAAAGUGAUUGAUCCUGAGGACAUUACGCUGAAGGAAGUCUUCACGCAGUCCGUCCAGCGACGCUUCCGUGGUCAACUGGCCGAACGACACCCUGCGGUGCUGGCCAAAGUUGACCAACCAUUCGACUGGAUUCCUCCCGAUUGGAUCCAAUGA